CAGUUUGAAUUGUUUUGAACGGAAAAGGUGCGUCCUGUUGGGCGCGCGUGGUACGGAACGAGAUUCGCACACAAAAAUGCUACCAGAACUUCAGGAGUGCAUUAAAACGGUGCAGGAUAAUCUGUACCAUGGUUUCUUACCAACCGAGAGCAGCGGCAUACAAUGGCUUAACUCCGUUUGUGGUGAUUUGCAUCGUCUUCUACGGAUUGUACACAAGCAUCUCAUCUUCGAUGGGAAUGGCAACGUGGGAGAGCUUGAAACGUGCUUCCUGUGCAUGUCACAGAUCGUGGUGUGUAUCCGUUGGCUGGAGAAAACAAUCGCAUCGGAAGUGGAUCCCUCCAGCAACCGGAAAGGGUUGCCGCAGGCGAGACAAUGCUUUCUCGAUCGGAUCAUUUGGUGUUUGGAACGAUUGAAAUCCGUGCUAGAGGCCGAGGAUUCACCGGAAAGUGUAUCCGACUCGAACUUUGUCAGCUAUCUCGACCUAGCGCUCAGCCUUAUCGCUCCCCUAACGGUUGGCAGUGAGGAGGUUUGCGCGGAGGAUGAGUACGAAACGAAGUACAACGAAGUCAUAGUGGAGAGUGGCCGUAUACGGUCAGUCGUUGAAGCGCUCAUUUCGCAAACAUUCGGCUUUUGCAAUGUGCUACCGGACGAGGACAGGAAACGCAUUACCAACGUUUGUCAAAAGGUGCUGAAGGAAUGUCUGGCACUAGAGCGGAAAACGGACAGCAGGCAGGAUUCGAGCGAUAGAAAGCUGCGUGUAAGCAUUCUUGAGAGUGCCAUCUACCAGCUGGAAACUCACGUCAACGAAUGCCUCAUACGGCUGGUGUACGACACCUUUGGUGACACCGACCGUAGACUACUUGCGCAGCUACGCACCAGCAUCAGUUCCAGCGUAAGCGAGGAACAAAUCGAGGAACUAACGAAACCAUUCGAUAGCUACGUUGAGCGUUUGAUGCAAAUAGGACUGUUUGCCAUAUCGUACGCCGAUAAUCUGAAAAUAUCGGCUUCCAUCCGUAGCUGCUUGGCCUCGCUGGAAGCGCUCGACUCGUACCUUAUUCCCUCGCUGUACGUCGGCGCAGACAGCAAUUCAAGGCUGCUGGAAAAACACUGGCUAGAGGAAUCGUCCAACCUGUGUGUUUUGGUGCACAAAAUAAUCGACACGAAUGCGUUCGCUUUAUCGUUGAUUGAGCUGCUCGAUGGAGCGCUGGACGAGAUGCAGGAAAGCUUCAACAUGCAGAAAGCACUCGAUAUGGUUCGCAAGGCGGAAAUAUUUCUAAACCAUCUGGAAGUCAAUUCUGUCGAGGUGAAUCUGCAGGACGAAAUCUUUUCCAUCCAUUACGGUGACUAUCGUACAAUGGUUCUGGAAUGCCGAGCGAUCGUAAUGUGUGCCGAACGAGACCCGAACAUCGAUGCAUCGCGGAUCGUUAAACGGUUUCGCGUGCUGCUGGCGAAGCUACGCAAAAUUCAAAUGAAAGUCAACAAUGCUAAGGAUGGAAAGGAAACUCCCGCAGACGAUGUCACAUCCCGUAAGCAGGAAAAAACGUCAGCACCACCAGAACAUUCACCGGAACGAUGUCACAUCGAAACAGAGAAGGACAAAUUGUGCACUUCACCAGAGCGCUCGUCGGAACGGCGUGAAAUCGAAGCAAACUUGCAGGAACUGUUUUCCGCCACCCAGUUGCGCAUGUCGUCCUCAAAUAUUCUAUACCAGAGCCGCCGUGGGUUACCGGGAAAACGAAGGUUGGAAGCACCAUCAUUGCUUGAAAUUAACUCAUUUACGGAUAUUAUUGCUCAUCGACGAGAUCGUGCCGUAACGACGCCGGAGAAGGGUUCCAUCAGGAAGAAGCCAUUAAGAAGAAACAGUCUGCGUGUGGCAAUGUUCAAAAAGCAACAGCGAGAUCAAACUGCCGAGCUGUAUGAAAGCAUCAAAAGUGACAUCGAUCUACAGAUCACAGAUAUUCUCGAUGAGUUAACCGACUUAUCAAACACGUUCUCAACGCACGCUUCACGUAAGUUAACAAUACCCACGGAAGAUAACCCAUCGACGACGAUUAUCCGCAAGUCUAUCACCAACGAGGAGAUAGCGAUCGUCGACGGUAAUAAAAUAAGAAUCAACAUAUAUACUGAUAUAUGACCGUAAGCGAGACCAAGAAGGGCCUAAUAUCCGAUAACGCGAUUCGGACAUUCGGACUAGGCCGUGUAGAUUAUUUUUAGAUGAUUUAUUUUUUACAUUAACUACGCUCAAACACACAAGACCAUUUAUAGUCAACCUUCUAAAGUUUUAUUCGAUAGUUCGGGUUUCGGUAUUUAGGUAAAAAAAAUUGUUCCAUAAACUCAUUCUUACAUCUACGGAAUGUAAUAAAACUCGUAAACUAUUUUAUCUACUAUCGUUAAAAAAACACGCACACUCUUCGGCAGACAUUCCGUAGCCUGCAUGCAUCCGUGCACCUACUAGGAAACACCCUCGGUUGAGCGAUUCGAUUAGGCUAAAAUCUGUACAAUCUGCAAAAAAUGCAUUUGGAGUAGCUUGAGUCUACGUUUCUGCUAUACUGUUUCCAAACCGACUCA